AUGGCCGAUCAAUUGCCUCACUCGAUCGAGAAGCGAUCAUCGGCAGAGUUAGAGAGGCCUACAACAUCAGGCUCGACCUCCACGAGCUCGAGCAGCUCUUUCGAAUAUGACCCGCAGGUGCACAGGCUGCAGUCGCGCAAUACAGAGCUCGACUUGGAACGCCACCGGACUGGAGUUUCGCGCGCACUGAGCAGGACUGAGACUCAGCGCACUCAGCAUGCGCUCACUGUUGGUGAGAGUCUUAAAUCGCGACAGUCAACGACUCCACUCCCUGCUUUUGGUGCGGGUAAGCCGUACCCGCCACCUCUUCCCGCGCGUGAAGAGUACGUGGUGGAAUUCGAUGGGCCCGAUGACCCUUUAUAUCCCUUGAACUGGCCAGUGAAGAGAAAGUCCUACAUCAGUGCUAUGCUCGCCUUCACCAGUAUCUGCUCUACAUUUGACUCCGCUAUUUUCAGCUCUUCUACCAAAAGCGUCUCCAAACAAUUUGAUGUCGGCAUCGUAGUUGCCACUCUCUCGAGCUCCCUAUAUAUCGUGGGCUAUGCCUCGGGGCCGUUGAUUUGGGCUCCUCUAUCCGAGCUCAAAGGCCGUCGCCUUCCUAUCAUUAUCGGUAUGCUUGGCUUUGGCAUCUUCAACACCGCAGUUGCAGUCGCAAAGGAUGUUCAAACCAUCAUGAUCUGUCGCUUCUUCGCCGGCAUCUUUGGUAGUAGUCCUUUGGCCGUUGUCGCCGCCGUUUUCUCGGAUAUCUGGAAUAACCGUCAGCGUGGUGUUGCUAUUGCUAUGUUCUCCAGUACUGUCUUCCUCGGGCCGCUGGUCGCGAACUUCAUUGGAGGAUUUAUCAAUAUGUCCUACCUCGGCUGGCGGUGGACCGCCUAUAUCCCCGCGUUCAUGGGGUACGCCGCCUUCGUUAUGAACCUCUUUUUCUUGGAGGAAUCAUACCCACCUGUUGUUCUCGUGGAGAAGGCUUCAGAAUUGCGUCGCCGAACCAAGAAUUGGGGAAUUCACGCAAAACAAGAAGAAAUCGAAGUUGACCUUCGAGAGCUGAUUGUGAACAACUUCUCCCGCCCGCUUCGACUGCUAUUCAACGAGCCAUUGAUUCUUGCCGUUACCAUCUACCUCAGUUUCAUUUAUGGCCUGCUCUACUGUUUCUUGACAGCCUACACCCUCGUUUUCCAGGGUGUGUACGGUAUGAACCCUGGUGUUGCAGGUCUGCCCCUAUUCGGAAUGGUGGUAGGCUUGUUCAUCGCUGCCUCCUACGUUAUUUGGGCCAGCAGAGGGUACAAUAGGAGACUUGACGCGAACGGGGGUGUCCCGAUCCCCGAAUGGCGUCUUCCGCCUGUAAUUAUCGGCGGAGCUCUCUUCGCUGCUGGACUUUUCUGGUUCGGCUGGACCGGUUUCAGUGGUACUAUCCACUGGAUCGUUCCUACUUUGAGUGGUCUGUUCACUGGAUUUGGUCUCUUGAUCAUUUUCAUUCAAUUGUUCAAUUAUCUGAUUGAUACAUAUCUCAUGUUUGCCGCAUCUGCCAUCGCAGCAAACACCUUCUGCCGUUCCAUGGUAGCAGCCGCUUUCCCGCUCUUCUCUCGCCAAAUGUUUGAAGGCAUGGGCAUCCAGUACGCAUCUACCCUCCUUGGAUGUGUUGCAGCCGUUCUCGUUCCUAUCCCCGUCGGCUUCUACUUCUUCGGCAAGAGGCUGAGAAUGAAGAGCAAGUUCGCGCCGUUUUAUGAGGCUGUGCAGGAAUCACAUGCCGCUGAGGAUGAGAGCGACGCUAUCGCUGAAGAAACUGUUCAGCGUUGA